CGGUCAUCACGCAAAGAACAGUCUCCCCAGCAGAUACAUACCAUCUCGCAAUGCCUUCCACUACCUCUUCCUACGCCGCAUCUACCACCUCUUUCGACACCGCAUCUACCCUCUCGGUCGCAUCCAGCACCACCAUAGCACCUCUUAAAACCUCUCCUGUCAGAGAUUACGCUGCUGCAUUUGGAGCGUUGCAAACUCAGUACGGCACAUCCGGUUUCAUCCCCACCCCCGUCAUUGGCGAACGGAAGAAAUCGGACUCUUCCUCCGCGACCGAGGAAGCAAAGAAAUCCGGCCCUUCGUCUCUCAGAAAGAUUUUCAAGCGCUCGAAGUCCUCAGACAAGAAGAGCCCUGCACCCGCCGUGUCAUCGCAGACUACCACUGCCACUGGCGCGUCUUCACAAUCCGACAAGGGAAAACCAUCCCCUUCUCCUAGGAUAGAGAUGAACUCCAGGAAUAUGGGCCCCGCAUUCUCCAGAUUAGGUGCCCUUUGAGACGCUUCGGCUCUCCUGACCUCAGCUUUCCGGCCUGCCACCGAUGUCCACAUCGGAAGGCGAGCACUUAAUUGGGCGCGAUUGCAAAGCCCUGUGCCAGCCAACUGAGCCCAGACCAGCUCUGAAUAGGGCGGCUAGCCACAAUAUGUUGCUGCUAGCAUGGUCACCGCGGUACUGCUCAAAGAGAGGGGAGGCGGUUGUUAAGCGACACAUGAUACUUUCGACCCUCCCCCCUUUGCUUUUGGUUUCUUCCCUGCUUCCAAUGUCUCCGUUGUGCUCGUUCCUCGCUGUUCGCCAUUGACAUCCAUAAGUACUGCGAUGUUUGCGAUCGAAACUUGUGAUCUCAUGUACGUCAGGAAUAUG